CUGAGCGUUACAGGUGGACCGGAGAAAGCGCCGACACGGAACCUGAAACAAUCUGAACCCAGUCAGUCUGUGAGGAGUUUCUAUGUAGAUCCCUGCAGCUGGAAUACUGAACCCUGAGAAUGAAGUCCUCCAGCAUCUCCCAGCACUAGCGGGGCAGCAUGGCUCCUGCUCCUCCUUCCAGAGAGGACACCGGCAGCUCAUUAGCUCUGCGCUGGAGGCUAACGCCGACAUAGAUACCCUUCAACUUCAAACUGAACCAAUUCAAGCUCGAGUCCUGGUUAAACAUCUAAAUAAGCUGCAUCCAGACUCAGGGGUUUUUCAAACAUGCGCUACCUGUGAUUUUUUUCUUUGGGCGUCAGAGCUGGACGGUGCGGCUCUUCUGCGCGUCGACCGACCCCGGACCCCGAGCCAUGUCUCUUCUCUUAACCCUAAGCAUCGUCUGUGGAUUGAUGCUCCAGCAUUACUUCAGUCUGCUCAGCGCUCAGUACUGCAUCCCACGGAAGACCGUCGACUACCAGAGUCACCUGAAUUUGUUCAAAGAAGAUGGCAUCUUCAAUUACUCAACUAUGCUGAUCAGAGACGACCUGGGUGUGGUGCUGCUGGGGGCGAGAGAGGCCGUCUACGCUCUGGAUAUGAACAACAUCUCGGACCAAAAGGCCGCGGUGUAUUGGCGAGUCACCGAGGAGAAGCAGAGGGAGUGCACAUACAAGGGAAAACACGCAGAGGUGGAAUGCCGCAACUACAUACAGACGCUGCACAGCGUGAACGACACCACGCUCUACGUUUGUGGCACAAACGCCUUUUCUCCGGUGUGCGAUUACAUGACGUUUGCAAACGACCAGCUGACCCUGAAGGGAAAGCAGGAGGAGGGAAGAGGGAAGUGUCCUUUUGAUCCCUUUCAGAGAUACUCCUCCCUCAUGGUUGGAACUGAGCUGUACUCUGCUACAUCCAUCAACUUUCUGGGCUCUGAGCCUGUGAUUCUGCGCAACUCAAAUUUGCCUCUUCGCACAGAGUUUAAGCACUCCUGGCUCAGUGAGCCAAACUUUGUCUACAUGGACUUCUUGGAGGAGAGCGUCGACAGUCCCGACGGGGACGACGACAAGGUGUACAUGUUCUUCAGUGAGAACGCCAUGGAGUACGACUUCUACAGAAAAGUCACAGUGUCCAGAGUGGCGCGCGUCUGCAAGGGAGAUAUGGGCGGCAUGCGGACGCUGCAGAGGAAAUGGACCACGUUCCUGAAAGCCCGUCUGGAUUGUUCCUUCCCUGAACCCAGCUUGCCCCCCAUUGUCCAGGACGUCUUCCUGCUGCGGCACAAGGACUGGAGGAAGAGCGUCUUCUACGCCGUCUUCACACCUCAGUCGGGCUUGUCUCAGAUCUCUGCGGUGUGUGCCUUCACCGUCGCGUCGAUUCGAGAAAUUUUCAAUGAGGGAAAGUUUAAGACAUCUGUUGCCGUGGAGACGUCCCAUGUGAAAUGGGUGAUGUACACGGGAGAGGUACCGGAGCCCAGACCGGGAGCGUGCAUCAACAAUAUGGAUCGUAAAAAGGGGAUAAAUGGCUCCCUGGAUUUACCGGAUAAAACCCUCCAGUUCAUCAGAGACAGGCCCCUGAUGGACGAGGCUGUUCGCCCGCUGACUGGGGGCCCGCUGCUGCUCAAGAGGGGACCCUUACUGACUCGAAUUGUGGUGGACAGCGUGCUGGCUCUGGACGGAGACACUUACAACGUCAUGUUUAUCGGAACUGAAAACGGCUACAUUCAGAAGGCCGUCAACUUUGACGGAGAGAUGUUCAUCAUCGAGCAGAUUCAGGUGUACAAAAACCCUGAGGCCGUCAACGUCCUACGUCUCUCAUCAAGCAAGGGUCAACUCUAUGCCGGUUCUGAAUCUGGUGUCGUCCAGAUGCCGGUCAGUAACUGCAGCCGGUACCAGUCUUGCGAGGACUGCAUCCUGUCCAGGGACCCUUACUGUGCCUGGGACUCGUCCGCUGAGCGCUGCUCCUCCGUCUCUUCUCUGUCUGCGUCCCCCGAAGCUGCAGUCCAGAGUCUGAAGGAGGGGAACGUGUCACAGUGUCCUCCACCAGAUCCAGUGCCAGCUGUGGACGUUGCUCUAAUUCCAGGGAACAACAUCCAGCUGCCUUGCCAGCGUCACUCCAACCUGGCGGAGGUCCACUGGAGGUUCGCUGACCUCCGGGUUUUAUCUACGCACAAAUACUACAUCUACAGCGACGGCCUCCUCAUCCUGAACACGACCGCGUCGGACGCAGGCUCGUACUUCUGUGACUCGGUGGAGCAGAUCAACAGCAGGACGUACAACAGGACUGUGGCCGUUUAUCAUUUACAAAUCUCCUCUGAGCCAGUCAGCCCCGCUCCCGGCAUAGCAGCCACAAAACACUUCAUUCAAACUCCGAAAAUGGCUGCAACUGGGUCACAGCCGGACCUGGAGAGCGAGGACCCGCUGACGCCUGAGAAUCAAAGCGACUCUGGGAGAAUGAGUCGCCUGGAGGUGGCCGUGGCUCUGCUGUCGCUGCUCUGCCUCUCUCUCGUCGCCGUCAUACUGUGGUUCUGGAAGCGAGGGCACUGGAAGUGCUCCGGGUUGGCACAGAGAUCCAUGGGCGGCGAGGGGAAGCAGCAGCCGUCGUCAGACUACACGCACAUUCAGAACAGAAACUCUGAGAUUAAGCUCCUGGGGGCGGAGGCCGGACCGUGCACCGCCAACAAUAAUCACACCACUGUGGACUUCAAAAAGAACGGGGAGUACCACUUCCCACCUCUGGCCAGCAUUUCAAGUCUGAACGGUCUGGGAUACAUCCGUGACGAGUCGGAGAUUUGACUCUGCUGAGGCUUCAGUCCUCGUUCUGCAUCGGUGCAAUAAUGAUGUACUUGCAAUGUGUUCAGGUACGUCUCAAUAAACUGAAAUUCAAGCAAAAAGCUUAUUUCAGUAAUUCAGUUCAAAGUCAUGUGCUGUGUAGAUUCAUACUACACAGAGAAGUGUUUGUUUUAGUUGGCUUUGAUAAUAUAAUAAAAAUAAAGUUUUUAUUAUUUAUUAUCCAUCAAUUGUCUGAUGGUUGGGCUGCUGAGGCCCGUCUCCAGUGAUCAUUGGUCAUGAGACAAGAACUAUAAUAAAUAUAUAAUAUAAAUACAAUAUAAUGACUUUGCUUCACAAUUGUCCCCAGGCUGUGACAAUCCCUGAUGCUUUUCCUACCACACUUUUUCCUUCCACUCAAUUUACAUUAAUAUGCUUGAAAACAGUUCUCUGAACUUUAGUGGCCUACCUUCAAUCAAUAACUGACUCCUGAACAAAUGUCAAAUCGGUGGCAUUUCCCAUGACUGUAGAGGCCAUAGCAUGAUCUUAAAAUAUUUUUUUUCAUUGGUUAUUAUUAUAAAUGUUUUAUCAUCCUUAAAUUACAAAAUAGACAAUUAUAUAUACAUAGUUUCCCGUUCUGAACCGAACUACUGAAAUAGAUAAACUUUCCACAGAUCUUCCAGUUUGUUGAGAUACGCCUUCAGAUGGUAAAUGGGUUCCUUGUUCUUUCCUGGGUGAUUUCCAAUGUUUGUCCAGGCAGCUGAUAUUCACUAAAAAGACAUGUAACUUGUUAAAUAUCUGCUCCAGAAAUGUUUUUUACAGUCAUAUUUUUGUAUAAUCCUAAUCUGUGAAUACAAUCUGUGUAAUAUUUAUGUACAGUCAAGCUUUUUUUUUUUUGACUAUUUAUUGGAGGAAAUUCCCAUUUUCUAUUUCUAUCCUUGAAUCUUUGAAAUGAACAUGUAGCAUCUUGGUGACCGAUCUCCAAGCCUAAUUCAUUUCAUGGAUCCUGCUGUAUGAAAUCAACAGGGGUAAUUUUUUUCAUUGCUCUUUGGUUGAAUUAACCUUAAUGCCUCUACUUUUUCACCACUCAUUCAGUAAAAAAAAAAAGAAAAAAAAGCCAUAUGUGAUUAACUACUUCUCAACAAAAAUCACAAUUUCUACCAAAUAUUUACCAGUUUUAGUAAUUACAUCCUAACCCUCCAGUAGGAAGGCAGUUCUUUUAUUCCUUUAGGUGAUGUUCACACAGCUUUACUUCAACUUGUACAUUUGUGUUACUCUGAAAAAGACAAACCUGUUGCAGGAAUGUAGAGGUGUGGGUGUAAAUUUCUGGUGGCAUAUAAAUAAAUAAAAAAAUAGGGGAGAUGGGGGGGAUUUGACCUGGAAACACUGCCUUGUAAAAAUAAAUACGGUAAUAAGUG